CCUCUCUCCCCCCGUCUCACACACUCUGUGCUGAAGAGCACCAGGAGCUGUGAGCGGAGGAAGCGGGAAUAACGUGGCUCCUCGCGAGCAGCCGAGCCGUUAUGAGCGAGUCAGCAGCGCCUCUCAGCUCUGCCACCGGCUAGCACCGGGAGGAGAGGAGGAGGCGGGGGGAGGAAACCGCAAUAAAGGGGUUUCUAAAUAAAUGUCUCUCGCUGUCCAUCUACAUCAUGCUGUACUUCCAGCUGGUGAUAAUGGCCGGGACCAUCAUGCUGGCCUACUACUUCGAGUACACGGACACCUUCACCGUGCACGUGCAGGGUUUCUUCUGCUACGACACGUCGUACACCAAGCCGUAUCUGGGGCCGGAGGACAACAGCGCUGUCCCACCCAUCCUGCUGUACGCUGUGGUGGCCGGGCUGCCCACGCUGCUGAUCACAAUCACUGAAACGGUAUUGUUCCUGGUCCAGUACACAUCCAAAGAGUUUGAUCGCUCAGAGAAGACAGUGGCAACUGGUGACUGCUGUUACCUCAACCCGUUGGUGCGCAGAAUCUUCCGUUUCCUUGGAGUCUACGCCUUUGGCCUCUUCACGGUUGACAUCUUCGUCAAUGCAGGGCAGGUAGUGACAGGGAACUUGGCACCGUACUUCCUGACGGUCUGUAAGCCAAACUACACAGCACUCGGGUGUCAACAGGCGCAGCGCUACAUCAGCCACCAAGAGGCCUGCACAGGGAAUCAAGAUGAUGUCGUCAGGGCCCGCAAGACCUUUCCCUCAAAGGAGGCUGCUCUCAGCAUCUACGCCGCUCUCUAUCUGGCUAUGUAUGUGACCUGCACGGUCCAGGCCAAGGGGACACACCUGGCCAAGCCCGUCAUGUCUCUGGGGUUCAUGUGUCUCGCCUUCCUCACUGGUCUGAACCGUGUGGCGGAAUACCGCAACCACUGGUCGGAUGUCAUCGCAGGUUUUAUCAUUGGCAUGGCGAUCGCCACCUUCCUGGUGGUAUGUGUUGUUCAUAACUUCAAAGGCAAGCUGCUGCUGAAUGGGGACUCUCCUGCUGAGCCGCAGCACAACACGGCCAUGCUGAACAUAGGCCACUUGGACAGUCCUCUGGAGAAGUACAUCGCUUCCCAGAAUCACAUCGCCUUCGCUGAGGUCACAUGAUGUGGAAUCAGCUGUAUGGCAGACCCAUUGGACGUCCACACUCUUUACUGUCCAGUCUUAUUAACCGAGUGCACCAGUAAACCAUACUGUGUGUGCGUGUGUGUGUUUGUUGUUGUUAUUCUAUGUUGUCUCUAUCAGGCUCCUAUUGUCAUCCAGUUUACUGAAUUCAAAACGGGGCAAAAAAAGCUGAGUAGCAACUCAGUGAGACAGGCUGCUUCUGCUAUCCUCCAUCUAUGCACUUAUUCUGAGUUUUUAUCAAACUCUUUCCUUCCAAAUAAGUAAUUUUAAAGCUGUUAAUUCUAAAGGCUUCAACAACCAGAAUAAUUGAACAUUUUUACAUACAAGUAAAACAGUUUUGUUGCAAUGUAGUCGUGUCAUACAGAAGCACUCCCAUUUUAAAUUUUGAGAGUUUUAUAUGUUAAAAGGAAAAAUAAAACAUUUUUUUAAAUGUGCAAUAUAUGAGCUGGUAAAGACCAUAUCAGUUCUACUUUAUGCCAAACUAAUAGCUCAGGUUACACUUUCUGUUUGAGUUGGUGACAUGACAGAAAAAAAAAUAUCUGAACAGCAAAUUGACAAAUGGGAUUUUUACACUGGAUGCAGAUUCAGUACUUGGUAAACUUAUUAAACUCAGACUUAAAAAAAGAACUCAAAUAUCUGUAAAAAGUUUGAUGUCCAAAAAUAAUCCAAAUUUAACAGAAGUUGUCCUCUAGUGUGAAUGACUGAUGUUAGAGAAAAGGUUUUACUUAAAUAUGAUUAAACCUUUUCAGAAACAUUUGUUCCUGAACAGCAUUUUGAUUACGCCAAUUUUUCCUUUCAUUUCAUUUAUCUAAUCUCUGUAGAGUUGCACCAUUCCAAAAAAUUCCCUGUCUGCUUUUAGGCAAUAUGACCUAGCUUGUUUUGAAUAGGUCUGUUUAGAUUUUAUAGUUAUUUGUUUGUUUUCUGUAAAAUCUGUCCUUAGAGGUGUUUUCUUGUUUUUUUUCUCCUUUCUUUUUGAGCCAAAAAAACAAACAUCUGAGCUGUCCCAGUCAGCACUACCUGGAGCAACACCAGAAUGUCCCGCCCCAUGCCGCUGCUGUGAAUCACUUACCUCAGUUUUAUUAAGAACUUUAGAACCAGAACCAGAAAAAUUUAGUUCAAUCAAAUCAAAGUCAGAAAGAUGCAUUGAAAACAUUUGUGUGUAUGAAUGUGUACACUAAAUGGUGGGACUGUACUGUAACAAAAUUGUUGAAAACUUGAUCAGCCGCACAAUCAUCUUGUCGUUCUUUCAGUUCAUCCUGUUGUUUCAGUCAGGAACAGCACAUCCAACAGGACAAAAGUAUUCUGUUUCUCCAGUGAAAAUAUUCAUGAGAUUUGUCCUCCAUGUAUUUAUGUUUUUUUGAGAUCAGCAUCUGCAGCAUGCUCUACCAGAUAUUCUUCCUGGGGUCAAGAGAGAGGUUACAUUUAUGAAAAAAAAUCAUAUUAGAGAUGAAGUAUUAAAAUAACACAUUCCAUCUUCCCGCAUUUUAAAGAAAGACACAAACAUUAGUUUAAGUUAGGGGGAUAAUUUAGAUUCAGGUCAGGUCUUCUGAAUGCUGCCGUGUUGCUGUUCUCAGAGCUUCAUUCCCUGCUGAUCUUUCUGUUGUAGAAAUUGUUUUUUUCCUCUAACAGCACUUAGAAACUAUGAUUUACAGUCAGGAUUAGUUCAGAAAUCAGGUCUGUCUGUGUGCACACUGCUGGACAAUUAAUUCAGCCUCUUUCUGUUUAAUUUGUAUAUUCAACAAUGUUUUUCCAGAUGUAAAAUGUAGAAAAGGACAUUGAGUUCAAAAUGAAAACAAGAGCGAAACAACUGAUCCUUUUUUAAUCUAAAUCUAUUAUAUCUAAUAUUAUAUAUAAUAUUACAUAUUAUAUCUAAUAUAUCCUAAAAUAUAUUAGAUAUAACAAUAAAAGGUUAUCUGUGAUCGGUUUCACAGUGAUAUUGAUAAUCAUAAUAUUGAUUUAUGACGUGAUAUUGAUUUAUGACGUCACAAAACUCCUGAGCUUUUUCGGUUCUCUGUUUAUGUUGAUCAUACACAGAGAUCAACAUGCAGGACAGUGCAGCUCAGAUAUCACAGCAGUGAGCCAGUGGAGCUUUACUUAAACUCUCUAUGCUAUUCAGAUGCGUAGAGAUGCAGGAAAUUUGAAUCUAAAAUUGAAACUUUCAGCUGCUACAUUUGGUUACUACUUGGGGGCAUUCUCAGGUCAGCUGACUUUUUUAUAUAUAAAAAUAAACUAUUCAGAAUUACAUAUCAGUAACAUACCCGAUAAUAAUGGAGCAGAGCAAUGUGAAUUACUCACAACUGAUCUAAAUUCACCCACAAUAUUAAAAAUGGAAUCACGUUAAAAGCAACACACACUGUUUAAGAAUUUCUCAGCCUUCAUGUUUUAUAAAUCCCCCCUCACUGCUCAAAUAACCUGGGCUGUAUUAGGCUUGCUUUGGGUAUUAGUGGUGGUACAUUUCUAUCAACAAAAAUUAAUAAAACUUUUUUUAAAAUUAGAAUUUGUUUUUAAAAUAUCCUGCCCAUUUUUUGUUGUUGUUUUUUUUUUUUAGAAUAGAACACGUGAAUGACUUUGGAGUGGUUUUUAUAUAAAGACGAUCCAAUCUCCCAACGCUGUUCAGAGUUUGGACAGAUUGCACGCUGCAGGCGGCAAUCUGGAUGUCGGCCGAUUUUCUCCAAUACUAGUUAUGUUUACAUUCAGUUUGUUUCAAGUGAUUCAAUUUCUGUAAGAGCAGAGUUCUGCUGUUUAAAGUCAUAUUUUAAAGGUACACUAUGUAAAGUUGUUUUGUGAAUUAUUUCCACAUAUAAACUUUCUUUAUGUGUGCAGAUUUGAAUCAUUCCAUUUAUAGAAGGAAUGUUCCAGAUACAGCAAUUGAAUCAAACAGCAGAAUUCCUGCUGACCGUUAAGAAAAACAAAUCUUGUUUGCUAAGAAUUUAUGAAAAAGUAAUUGUUCAUAAGCAACACACUCAAUAAGCAAUUGCUCCUGCACACUAUUCUGGAAAUGGUUAUGCUGCCAUUUUAAAAGCAUUUACCAGCUCUGUAUAAAUUGAAAUUAAGGUGAUAUACAAUCUUUACAAAUUACAGAUCAGUGCAUAUAAGGCAAUCUUAUUUUCUGAUAAAACCUACAUUCUUACAAUGUGCAAUAAUUAAUAAAUAAGAAAGAAAUCUUCACCAUGGUAUGACAAAAUUUGUGUUUUGGACUGCUGUUACUGUGUGUUUGCUCUUUUCACAAAAGUUUUAAAAAGAACAAGAUCAAACCAUGAGUCUGGAAUAUAUUAUCAAUAAACCAAUGUUCUUUUUAGUUUUUAUUGUCUUUAGUGAGACUGAAUGUAACUUUCAACACCUAACAUCACGACUUGGUGAAACAAUGAUGACUGUUUUUAAUUGCCUCUUGACCUAAUAUAUUAGCGAUGGCAAUCACCUUUGUUAUGCUGGAAGUUUGACUUGUUCAUACCUUAAAAACAGCAGAUGUUUUGGUUUGGUUGAUUGUUUUUGUCAGGAAGAAAACCUGUUGGGUUCAACUACAAUGUCACAUGGUGCAGGAUGGCAGACUUAGAGGAUAAAAACUGGUUUUCUUCAUGUUUUGAAAGCUUGAUGAAAAAACCUCAACAGUCCACAUAAAAUGAGAUUUAUUACACACAAUAUAGUAUUUAAAACGACACAAUAUGUUUGCAAUAAAAAAAGAAAACAAUCGAUCAAUCAAUUUGAUGUUGAUGUAGUGGUCCAUAAGGCAAAUUAACUUAUGUAAAUUUAAUAUGUUUUGUUUUAUACUCUUUUUUUCUGUUGAAUAAGUUAUGUAAUGUGUUAAUUUGUGGAGGACAUGAUAAAAGAGACAAUUAUUCUCAGGACUUACAAACCAGUGAUUGAAAGGAAACCCAACUAUCCAUCCAGCUGCUUCUCUGAGUCAAGACUGGAUGCAGAGGUGGCUGGACAGACACAAGCAAACACUGGAGAAAAACUGUCAAAUUUUACUUCUCUGUGUCAUGUUUUCACUUCCAUUCAUCCUCUGUGUCAUGUAGCAGUAGCAGUCUUUCAUCACAGGACAGGAAGAGAGGGAUGAAAAGCGAUAACCCCCAAUACACACACUCAGAUCUCUAUUUUUGUACAGAUGACUAGCAGUUGUGGUUAGAGCGCAGGCAGCGCCAUGCCAACAGCAGGAGCUAUCACUGCUGAUUAUGUUGGAAACAAAAAUCACACUCCAUCACCUGACUCCAUUAGUAAAGGUGAUCAAACAUAAAGUAUAUCCUAAAAAUCAAUAAUGUUCUUGUACAAUUCAAAGAAAAAAAGUGUAAAGAUGUUUAUGUUAAUAUAUGUAUAUUACACAUUACUGCUGUCUAUUUUCCUAAGACUGUGCACUGUGUGACUGUUCCUUCUGGUGGAAACUAUUAUUGUUUUCCUUCAUGUUGAUCACACUCAGAUAUAUUUCAUACUUUGUUGUGUGAAUAUUGAGGGUCAUGUUUAGUGAGAACUUUUCCUAAAUGUUAUUCUAUUCCUCCUGCUUUGCUCGAUCCAUACUUUUUAUUGACUUGGUUUCUACUAUUUCCCACAAUCCUCGGGCUGCAUAAGAUAUAUAAUAUCUAAAAUAUUUUGUCACAGGUGUGGCUGCUCCUUUGAUGACAUAUUUAAUUGUAUUUUUCCAUCUAAUUUUCUUAUUUCUCAGUGUUCAGUUUAAAUUGUGACCUUUUACACUGCAGAAAAGUAUCAAUCAGAAACUUUCAAUAAAAAAAUAUUUAAAUCCU